GAUCGCCGAAACGAACUGAAAAGUGGGACGACGCGAGUGUUAUGAACGUGAGCAGUGGUUAAACGACUCUGUCGUUGUUCUGUCGUUUCGUCGCGUCACAAACACCAGAAGAUAUACAUACACUAAUAUGUGGACAACGUUGAAAAGGUUCACGGUAAACCAGACAGGUACAUUUGUGCCGUACAUGGACACGCAGUGGAAACGUGUGCCCAACCUGCAGGUCACACGAGCGCUACACCACAGCUCUAUGGUGUCAAGGGAGGUUAGAUGCACUGGUUACAUGACUUCAGGAGAGCAUGACGACCGCACUGGACCGAGCAAUCGCAACCGUAAAGGCAGAAGUUCCAAUAAAGGUCGUGCUUACGAACGCUUCCGUAGAGACCGCCAACGUGGCGGCCAUGGUGGUGGCGGCGGCAAUGGAGGAGGCUUUGGUGGUCCAGGACCACGCUCCAGACUUGAAGACCCUGAUGGAGAUGUGACAAUGAAUGAAAGCAGUCAAGACAAUAGCAGUCAGAACAGAUUCACGCCUUACGGAAGGCCCUUUCGAAAAGACGGCCGAGACAGGCGACAAGGCAAAGGGGGAGGUGGCAGAGGAGGCUUUAGAGGAGACAGAGGCGGUGGAGGGCGAAACCGUGCCACCUGGUUCAAAGUGACCAUUCCUCAUGGGAAAAAAUAUGAAAAGAAAUGGUUAUUGACAGCGCUUCAGAACAUCUGCUCUGUAACUUACACACCUGUUCAGUACCACGUUGACCAUAACAGAGCCCAUUUCUAUUUGGACGAUGCCGCCGCAGCCAACGCUCUGCAUAAAUGCUCUCACAAAAUCACCGACACAGACGGCUACAAGGUGGAAGUGCACGUCAAUCGUAGCAAUCCACCCAACUUCCUCCUGUCUGACCUCAAACCAGAAGAUAUCGAACAUUUGAGGCAAUGUAUGGCAAAACGUUUUGAUGGCUCACAACAAGCUCUGGACUUGAACAACAUCAGGACAGACCCUGACCUGGUGUCCCAGAAUGUUGAAGUCAUCUUGAAUAGGAAGACAAAUAUGGAAGCAGUCAUCAAGAUUAUUGAAGAGAAUAUUCCAGAGCUGACCAGCUUGAACCUGAGCAACAACCGUCUCCAUAAGCUGGAUGACCUUAGUGAGUUGACUACAAAAGUGCCUAAUUUGAAGAGCCUCAACCUUUCCCACAAUGAGCUGAAGUUAGACCGAGAUCUGGACAAAGUCAAAGGCCUGAAGCUGGUUGAGCUGUGGCUGGUCAGGAACCCGUUGUGUGAUCUCUUCAAGGACCAGGCUUCAUACAUCAGUGCUGUGCGGCAGAGAUUCCCCCGCCUACUUAAACUCGAUGGUAAUGACCUUCCUCCGCCCAUCGGAUUUGACGUGGAAACACCCACCACCAUCCCCCCUUGCAAGGGAAGCUAUUUCGGCUCAGAUGAAAUCAAGGGCCUCAUCCUUCGAUUCUUGCAACAGUACUACAGUAUAUAUGACUCUGGGAACAGACAGCCUCUCCUGGAUGCUUACCAUGACGGUGCAUCGUUGUCCAUCACAACACCUUUUUCCAACCAAAACCCUUCCAGGUCAAGUCUGGGAGAGUACCACAAAGACACUCGAAACCUGAAACGGAUCAGAGACUCGACGAUCCGCUUCAGACUGCUGAAGCACACGCGUCUCAAUGUGGUGGCUUUCAUUAAUGAGCUACCCAAAACUCAGCAUGACAUCGCUUCUUUCACCAUUGAUGUAAAUACCUACACGAACACACUCCUGUCAUUCACCAUCAGCGGAGUCUUCAAAGAGGUUGCUGUCAAUGGAAAAUCCAGAGACUCUACAAUGGCCUUCUCUCGAGUUUUUGUCACAGUCCCUGCAGGAAAUUCUGGCCUGUGCAUAGUCAACGAUCAGCUCUUCAUCCGAAUGGCCACAACAGAAGAGAUUCGAAAGGCUUUUGUGGCACCUGCUCCAACGCCAUCUUCCAGCCCGGUGCCCACUCUCACUGCACAUCAGCAGGAGAUGCUCACGGCCUUCUCGCAGACAUCAGGCAUGAACCUGGAAUGGUCCCAAAAGUGUUUACAAGACAAUGAAUGGGACUUUAAUAAAGCAGCGCAAAUCUUCACACAGUUACAGGCGGAAGGAAAAAUCCCUGAUGUUGCAUUCAUCAAAUAAGCUAUUGAUUCAUACCUCUUGUAAGAAUAAAAAUAGAUGCAUUGUUUUGUUUGAUAAUGUCUUAUUUUGUUGGAUAAGUAUUGUCACAGAAAAUGGUUGAGUAACAGUACAAGUUCUGUAGGUGUGGUUUUGUUUUAGCAGCCAAAGUUGUCCCCAACUAAUAGGACUUUUGAGAAUUUUUGUUCUAUGGAUUCUGUAUAGAAUUUUUUUUUUAAUUGUAAUAAAAACAUUUUGCCAGUUUUUGA